CGCGGCAGCCCCGCCCCCGCCGAGCCCCCGGAGCGCUGAGGGCCGGUCCCACAGAGCCGCGGCCAUGGCGGGCAAGGGGACGGAGGGGUUCCUGCCGCCCUUCAAGCACUUCGCCACCAGCGCCAUCCACGCCGGCCAGGAGCCCGAGAAAUGGAAUUCCGGGGCCGUGGUGCCGCCCAUCUCGCUCUCCACCACUUUCAAGCAGCGGGCGCCCGGCGAGCACGCGGGUUACGACUACAUCCGCUCUGGGAACCCCACUCGGGAUUGCCUGGAAAAGGCUGUGGCCGCCCUCGAUGGAGCCAAAUACUGCUUGGCUUAUUCCUCUGGCUUAGCAGCUCUUUUGAACAUCUGUCACCUGCUGAAGACAGGGGACACGGUUAUCUGCAUGGACGAUGUCUAUGGAGGCACAAACAGAUAUUUCCAGCAAGUAGCCCGUGAAAAUGAUUUGAAAGUAAUAUUUGUUGACUGCACAAAACCAAAAUGCCUGGAAGCUGCAAUUACACCAGAGACCAAGCUGGUUUGGCUGGAGACCCCCACGAACCCCACGCUGAAGGUGAUCGACAUCAGAGCCUGCGCAGACGUGGUGCGCAGGCACCCCGGGGUGCUGCUGGCAGUGGACAACAGCUUCAUGUCUGCCUACUUCCAGCGCCCUUUGUCCCUGGGGGCUGAUAUUUGUAUGUCUUCUGCCACAAAAUACAUGAAUGGGCACAGUGAUGUUCUCAUGGGCCUGGUCUCUGUAAACCGGGAUGAUCUCUAUGAGAGGCUCAAAUUCCUGCAGAACUCCCUGGGAGCUGUGCCCUCCCCCUUUGACUGCUUCCUCGUCAACCGCGGGCUCAAGACCCUGCACAUCCGCAUGAAGCUGCACUUCCAGAACGGCCUGGCCGUGGCCGAGUUCCUGGAGAAACACCCGCGGGUGGAGAAGGUGCUGUACCCAGGGCUGCCUUCCCACCCCCAGCAUGAGGUGACAAAGAAGCAGUGCACGGGCUGUCCUGGGAUGGUCACCUUCUACAUCAAAGGGAACAUCAAGAAUGCCUCUGCCUUCCUCAAGAGCCUGAAGGUGUUUACCCUGGCUGAGAGUCUGGGUGGCUUCGAGAGCCUGGCAGAGCACCCGGCUGUCAUGACCCACGCAUCGGUGCCUGAGAAGGAAAGGAAAACCCUGGGAAUCAGCGACACCUUGAUCCGCCUCUCGGUGGGGCUGGAGGAUGAGGAGGAUUUGCUGGCAGACCUGGACCAGGCCCUGGAGGCUGCGUUCAAAUAAACCUUGGGGGUCAAAAAGGAACUCGGAACUGGACAUGGCUGUGGACGAGGACGUGGAAAAGCAAACCCUUCUUGCUUUGCCUUUGCUUUGCCAGCAGAGCUGCUUCUCCUGCUGCUGCAGGGGCACAAGGGUUUGGGGAACAAGGGCUGGUUCCUGUUUCUGCUCUCAGAUCUUUCUCUUCUCACCCAUCAGCUCAGCUCAAAAUCUUGAUUGACCUCAGCUUUCUUUUAAUUAGGUUGGAGAUUUUCUUUAGAGCUUUUUCUUCUCUUGAUGUUUUACUGAAAAUGUAGUGAAAUCCAACACCUGGUGAAUAACUUUCUAAAGACGAGUCUUUUUCUCUUUCAAGAAAAAAUCAUGUGCUGUAGGAAUUAUUGGAAUAAUUUUAAUUAAAACACACUUUUCCUUUCCUUA